AUCCUUCCCUCGGAGUCGCUGACACUGCAGAACAGGCUCUGCUGCUGGUUACACAGUUACUUCUGGGGUUAAUAUUGUGCAGGAACCGCUUUCAGGAACGGCCCUCCCAUCUUUCUCCACUCCCCACUCACUGUGCCCAAAGUACACCCUCUCUGGCACUGUGGGCACACCGUGACUGAGCUCUGGGCUGCAUAAUACACAGAUGCCAGCAGAAGUCAAAUGAAUCUUUCUCUAACAGGAGUGUCCUAAUACCAGCUCCAGCUCCUAUUGUGUAUACUGAUUACCUUACAUAACCCGACACACCUGGUAGUGUUACAAUGCCCUAUGCUCACAUCUAAACGCUGCUGCCUGGCAAGACUGGACUUGCGAUGAAACAGAGAGUGGUAUAAUCCCACUGCAUACUUGAGGCUGCCUAUGUUCAACCAAAGAAAUUGAACCACACCCCUGGGGGCAAACAUGACGACUGCUGUUCUGUUCCAGACGUUGCACACUGGCCAGAAGAUACCAGUGAUUGGACUCGGCACUUGGAAGAGCGCACCUGGACAGGUGAAAGAAGCCGUGAAAUAUGCACUCGGAGUUGGCUACCGUCACAUAGACUGCGCCUCGGUGUACGGAAAUGAAACUGAAGUGGGAGAAGGUAUCAAAGAAAGUCUCUCAUCUGUCAAGCGUUUAGAACGAAAAGAUAUAUUUGUCACCUCUAAACUGUGGAAUAACAAACACCACCCUGAGGAUGUGGAAGGUGCCCUGAAGAAGACACUGAAAGAUCUCAGUCUGGAAUAUGUGGACCUGUAUCUUAUGCACUGGCCGUAUGCAUUUAAGAGAGGGGAUGACAUCUUCCCAACCAACCCAGAUGGGACACUGCAGUACGACUGCACGGACUACAAGGAUACAUGGAAAGCCAUGGAGAAGCUGGUAGAGAAGGGGAUGACAAAAGCCAUUGGCCUGUCUAACUUUAACAAAAGGCAAAUUGAUGAUAUCCUCAGCAUUGCCACCAUAAAGCCGGCCGCACUACAGGUGGAGUGCCACCCGUACCUGGCUCAGAACGAGCUGAUCGCUCACUGUCAUGCAAACGGACUUGUCGUCGUUGGUUACAGUCCGCUAGGUUCUCCAGACCGGAGUUGGAGAAAGCCAGAGGAUCCUGUUCUGAUGGAGGAACCAUGCAUUCUGGAGAUGGCCAAAAAAUACGGCAAAUCAGAAGCCCAGAUCCUUCUCAGGUGGCAGGUGCAGCGGAAGGUCGUCAUCAUCCCAAAAAGUGUCACCCCUGCUCGUAUUCUGCAGAAUCUCCAGGUGUUUGAUUUCUGUCUAGCCGAGGAGGAAAUGAAACAAAUUGGAGCCCUUAACAAGAACUGGAGAUAUAUUAUUCCACUAAUAACGGUGGAUGGAAAGUCUGUUGCAAGGGACGCCGGCCACCCCAUGUAUCCAUUUAAUGAUCCAUACUGAGAUUAUUCCAACGCUGAUCUUUCCUGAGACGCCCCAUGUGAUCUCUGCUACAGCAUCUGUGUAUUCCUAUGCAGCCUGCCCACGCCUAGACGCAGUCACCGCUUUGUGUCUCUGUACCCUCUUACUAUCGCUGCUCCUCAUUUCCAGACCAGGACCCUGUAUCCAGACUAUGCAAUAAAUGACCCCUUUUCCAAA